AUGAGCAAUCAAAAAUGACCGACCUUCAUAGAGCCUGACUCACCAAACCAAACCAAACCAAACUCCUUGCUUAAUAAUAGAAUAAUUUUGGGUAAAAGGCUAAUCGGAAGGAAGAGGAAGUUUCCGAAUCCAAUCGUUCGCUAAUAUCUCUCUCUCUCUCUCUCUCUCUCUCUCUCUCUCAGAAAUUCAUAUACAUCUAUCAUCUAUUCCCCCACCCAACCCCAGCCUGGUGUCCGUUCGUAAAACCUAAUCAAUAUUUUCUUCUUCUUUUUUAUUUAUUUAUUAUUAUUUAUUUAUAAUAAUCGUGUAUUUGUGUAGCCGUGUAAAAACCCUAGAUCGUGUCUCCGUCUCCUUCAACCUUGGGUCUGAUUUUGAUUCGAUUGGUCUUUUGAUCGUUUGGAUUAGAUAGAGAACAGACACAGACACAAACACAGACAGAGAGAGAGAGAGAGAGAGAGAGAGAAUGGACGAUAGCUGUGCGGUGUGCGCAGAGACCCUGGAAUGGGUAGCCUAUGGGGCGUGUGGUCACCGGGAGGUGUGCUCGACCUGCGUCGCUCGACUUCGCUUCAUAUGCAAUGAUCGUCGUUGCUGCAUCUGCAAGACCGAAUCCAACGUCGUCUUCGUCACCAAGGCCUUAGGAGAUUAUACAAGGAUGAUCAGUGAUUUUGCAGUGUUACCAUCUGAGUUAAGGGAAGGUCGAGUGGGAUCAUACUGGUACCAUGAGGACAUGCAAGCAUUCUUUGAUGAUUUGGACCACUACAAGAUGAUCAAAGCAAUGUGCAGGCUUUCCUGCAGUGUUUGUGACAAGAUGGAUGAACAUUCAAAUGAUGCCUCCAAGAGACGUGGAAGGUUUAGGAACAUCGACCAGUUGAAGGGCCAUUUGUUCCACCAACAUAACCUGCGUAUGUGCAGCCUGUGCCUCCAAGGAAGGAAGGUAUUUAUCUGUGAACAAAAGCUAUACACUAGAGCACAACUGAAUCAGCAUAUAAACACUGGUGACUCGGAGGUGGAUGGAACAGAGAGUGAAAGAGGUGGCUUCAUGGGGCAUCCUUUGUGUGAAUUCUGCAGAACCCGCUUUUAUGGGGAUGAUAAUGAACUGUACUUGCAUAUGUCUACUGAACAUUAUACCUGUCAUAUAUGCCAAAGGCAGCAUCAUGGACAGUAUGAGUACUAUAAGAACUAUGAUGAUUUGGAGAUCCACUUCCGCCGAGAGCAUUUCUUAUGUGAAGAUGAGGCCUGCCUUGGCAAAAAAUUUGUCGUCUUUCAGUCUGAAGCUGAAAUAAAGAGACAUAAUGCUAUGGAACAUGGAGGUCGUAUGUCACGUUCUAAGCGAAAUGCUGUUCUUCAGAUACCAACCAGCUUCCGUUAUCAAUGAAGUAAUGAACAAGAUAACCGCCGUGGAAGGGGAAGGGGUCGGACAUUUCAUCGUGAUUAUUCUGAAGAUCAACUUUCUAUGGCCAUCGAAGCCAGUUAUGAGAUGGCUAAUGCAGAUGGAACAUUUCAUGAUCCGUCAUCAUUCAGAACACAAAUAGUUUCCAAUCAUGGAGAGACGAGUGAUAUUGAUCCAAUUAUUCAACCAUUUGAAUCGUUCGGUACAACAGAUUCUGAGCCAUCAAGAUACCUUCAAGCAUUGUCACAGAACUCAAGGAAUGCACCAAUAGUAGAGUCUUCCUUUCCUCCCCUCCCAAUGGCACCUGCUAGCAGUCAACAAAAACCCAAACAUGAACCUGAAUUUUUACCCAGGAAUACUAUGGCAACACAUCUACGUCGCCAAACAAACAGAAAUGUGACGCUCCCCAAUUCAGCUCAGGCAUGGCCAGCUGCAAGUCGUGCACCUGUGCUACCAGCAACUGAUCCAAUCCAUACUUGGCCUACAGAAAGUGGGGCAGCUGGAUUAUCAUCUAGUUCUGGUCAUACCAAGGCAAAAACACACUAUGGACCUGCACCUUUCAGUUAUUCAAGUUUGGCGCAGGCUCAACCAGCAGCAGUUCAUGAACCUUCACCCGCUGGUUUUUCGAGUUCAAGAAAAAUGGGCAGUACUAGUAGGAUCAUCCAUUCCACAUCUGCCCCGAACGUUGCUGACAGUUCAUCUUUUGACCUUUCUGAUUCUAGUUUUCCUCCAGUUUCUGCAACACAGGAGCGCAAGUUGCCCACAAGUGGCCAGUCUAAGCUGAAGGUGGAAGAUGUUCAUACUACAAACAAGUCUUUGGUAGAAAGAAUACGAUCUGCUUUAGAUUUUGAUGAAGCGAAGUAUAGUGCAUUUAAGGAUAUAUCAGGAGAAUAUCGACAGGGCUUGAUGGAUGCAGAGACUUAUGUAGGUUACGUGAAUCAGUUUGGCUUGUCACAUCUUGUUAUUGAGUUGGCUAGACUCUGUCCUGAUGCUGAGAAGCAGAGAGCACUUGUUGAGACCUAUGAUGUAACUUUGCGAAACAAUGGCCCACAAGAAAAUGGUUGGAGCAAGGACAGCUCACGUAUGAAAGAUGGUAAUGGUUCCAAGAAAGGUAAAGGGAAGUGCUUAGAUGCUGAAGACAAUAGUUCAAACAAUAACUUAGUAGAUAGCGUUAUAGAUACUUUACAGAAAUUGCAGUCAAGUUACAAGCCUUCAGAAGAAGAGGUGGUGGAGGUAUUGUCAAAGGAUGGAUACAGGGCUGCCAAAGGAAAAUUGAAGGUAGAGGUCAAUAAGCCACAGGCAGAAAUGAGUUCACUUAGUCAACCUUCUGCAAAGCUGAAAGGUGAAAAUGAUUACGGCUCUGUUGGUGUUGGAUCUAAUCAAAAUUUGGGGGAUGCUGGUGGAAAAAGUAAGCAGCGGAAGAAAACCUCGAAGUUUCACAGGGUUCGCCUUGGUGAUGGCUCAGUGGCGGCACUUUUGGAUCUCAAAUAUUCAGAUCCAGAUCCGGAUCCAGAUGUAACGGAGGCAGCAUCAGAUGCAUCCAAGAACCCCAGUGAAGGGCUGCCUGUGCGUGGUGUUUGGCAAAAAGGUGGAGGUCAGAGACUGUUGGCAAUGACUGCUAGAGAUUCCAAAAAGUAAAUUCAUUUUCAUUAUCAGUUGCAAAAACGUUACUGUGAUGUGUGAUUAAAGCUGGUGUUUUCCAUGGUAACUUGCAUGUUUUGCUCCCAGGGCUUUUUGGCAUAUUUCCAAGUUGAGAUUGGCUUUAUCCAAUUUGUGUGCUCAAUCGAUGGAUUUUUGUUGUGUCAGGACAGUGUUGCUGCGUUCAAUGGGGCUAAUGCGUUACUUCUACUAAAUCAUCCAGGGAAUCAUAGCUCUUUUCUUUUAUUUUAGGAAGGAAAGGGACAAAUUUUAAUGUCCAGGGGUUCGGCGGUUAUUUUUCUUUUAUAAUUUAUGAUUAUACAUGGGGCAUCAAUCCAUUAGAUUUCCAGUGUUUUGUUGUUUGUGUUAAAAUGAAGCAGUGUUGGGAGUACAUUUGGAAAGUGUCAUCACUUACUGGUGGGUGUGUAUGUAUGGUGCAGAGACAUUGUAAUAAUAGGUGUUCAAUUUGAUAAAACCUAAUUAUAAA